AUGGCGGCGAUCAGGUACGGGAUCGUCGGAGCAGGGAUGAUGGGUCGGGAGCAUAUGCUCAACAUCUCCCAUCUCCCCGGCGGCAGCGCCGCCGUCACCUGCGUCGCCGAUCCCCACCCGCUCUCCCGCGCCGCCGCCCUUGACCUCGCCUCCUCCCUCGGUCGGCCCCUCAAGGUCUCCACCCCUCUCUUUUCUCUAUCUAGUUUCUCUCUAUUUUUUAUCUCUGUGUUUCUGAGUUUGAUGAGGGAUUUUGGUUUCUGUUUGGGGAAGGAAGGUCUUCUCCAGCCACGGGGAGCUGUUGGAGAGCGGGCUCUGCGACGUGGUGGUGGUCUCGUCGCCAAACAUGACCCAUUUCGGCAUCCUCAUGGACAUCCUCCGCCACCCGAGGGCACACCACGUUCUCGUCGAAAAGCCCCUUUGCACCACCGUCCACCACUGCAAAGAGGUAUCCCUUCUUCGUCUUCGUCAUCUUCUUCUUCUUCUUCUUGCUCACCCUGCUUUUUGCUGUUUCAGAUCAUGGCGGCAGCGAAGGCGAGGCCGGAGGUGCUCGUCCACGUGGGUCUGGAGUACAGAUUCAUGCCCCCUGUCGCCAAGCUCCUCCAAGUGGUCAACAGCGGCGAGAUCGGGAAGGUGAAGAUGGUGGCCAUCCGCGAGCAUCGAUUCCCAUUUCUAGUCAAGGUUCUCCCUCCCUCCCUCCGUCUUCCCCUCUCUCUCUCUCUCUCUCUCCAUCAGCUCUGACUUUCAGUCGCGGGGGUUGACUCCGCCCAGGUCGAGAACUGGAACAGAUUCAAUGCCAACACCGGGGGGACGCUGGUGGAGAAGUGCUGCCACUUCUUCGACCUCAUGCGGCUCUUCGCGGCGGCGGAUCCCGUCCGCGUCAUGGCCUCCGGCGCCAUCGACGUCAACCACAAGGAUGAAGUCUACGACGGGAAGGUGGGGCAAUCACCAAGACUGAUAAAACCCAUCCCUGCGAUUUUAAGUCAACGCCCUCACACACACAUAUACAUAUAUCCAGAGAGAGAGAGAGAGGUUUUUGCAAUAUUAAGUCAACGUUGCGAGGGGACAGGUCCCAGAUAUCAUCGACAACGCAUUUGUGAUAGUAGAGUUUGACAACGGCGCGCGGGGGAUGCUCGAUCUCUGCAUGUUCGCCGAGGGCAGCAAGAACGAGCAGGAGAUCUCCGUCGUCGGCGACAUUGGAAAGGUGCCACCUUUUUUCUUUCAUCCUCCCUGUCUGAACUUGAACUCUGACUUUGGGUCGAUUUCCGUAAGAAUCGAGUGAGUUGACCGCGCCGCCUUUCCAAAAGUUUGAUCCUUUUUCACCGAGAAUUAUCCGCUGCUGGAAUUAAUUUUGGUGCAGGGGGAGGCGUUCGUCCCGGAGGGCAUCGUGCGUCUGGGAACCCGGGCCGGCGGCAGAGACGGAGUCCAGACAUCGCCGGCCGCCGACGUUCGGAUCAAGUGGGUUCCCUCUUCUUCUAAAGAUCAGGAGCCCGUUGACCUUUGGGCCACCGUUGACCAUCAUCUAAAUUCAGAUCAGUAUGGGAGAUGAUUGGUUUUUAAGAUUAUGAUUUGGCGGCGGCAGGUACGAGGGGCUGCACCACGGGUCCAGCUACCUGGAGCAUCUCGCAUUCCUCGCGGCCGUGAGGGCGGCUGGGAGCGGCGGGGCGGCGCCGGCCGUUGACCUGCGCGACGGGCUGCUCUCGGUGGCGAUCGGCGUGGCCGGUCAACUCUCCAUCGAGCAGGGGCGUUUCGUCUCCAUCGAAGAAGUCCUCUCCUGA